CACUGCCUUUCGGGGAAGAGCGAGACUGGAAAAAGAAGUGUUCGAUAUCAGUGAGGGAGUUGGGGGGUGGGGGGGAGGUGGCUAACCCUCUGAGCCCCGUCCAACUCCGUGUUGCCCUUUGUCUUCUGGGAGGCUGAGCUGGGGAAAGACAAGGGGGAGGGGGAUCACCCAUUCUGCCCCUUCUCUCGUGUACACGACCCUGAGGACUGGGGCCCCUGCUUGAUUCACGGUGGGAAGAAGCUGCGGGGUGUCGGACCCCCAGGAGGAUUAUAAAACGGAAAGAGGAGAGUCAGGGAUGCCCGGAGGGGAUCCUCGAAGUCCGGACACCAUGCGAGGACUCCUGCUGGGCAUCCUGCUGAUCCUACAACGGACCCAUGCAGCCGGAGCCCAAGAUGAUGUCUCCCCAUAUUUCAAGACGGAGCCUGUCCGGACUCAAGUGCAUUUGGAAGGAAACCGCCUGGUGCUUACGUGCAUGGCAGAGGGCAGCUGGCCCCUGGAGUUCAAGUGGCUGCACAACAACCGAGAGUUAACUAAAUUCUCUCUAGAAUACAGGUACAUGAUCACCAGCCUGGACCGCACCCAUGCUGGGUUCUACCGCUGCAUUGUACGCAACCGGAUGGGUGCCCUGCUGCAACGGCAAACAGAAGUACAGGUGGCAUAUAUGGGAAGUUUUGAAGAGGGCGAGAAGCACCAGAGUGUCUCCCAUGGAGAGGCAGCUGUCAUCAAAGCCCCUCGAAUUUCCAGCUUUCCCCAGCCACAGGUCACCUGGUUCCGAGAUGGCCGGAAGAUUCCACCCAGCAGCAGAAUAGCCAUCACGCUGGAUAACACCCUAGUCAUUCUGUCAACUGUGGCUCCUGACGCUGGCCGGUACUACGUGCAGGCCGUUAAUGACAAGAACGGGGAUAACAAGACCAGCCAGCCCAUCACUCUCACCGUGGAAAAUGUAGGGGGUCCUGCAGAUCCGAUUGCCCCCACUAUCAUCAUCCCUCCCAAGAAUACCAGUGUGGUGGCUGGGACCUCCGAGGUGACCAUGGAAUGCGUGGCCAAUGCCAGGCCCCUGAUCAAACUGCACAUCAUUUGGAAGAAGGAUGGGGUGCCAGUGUCAGGGGGGGUCAGUGACCACAACCGCCGGCUCACUAUCCUGAAUCCCAAAGGAAGCAACACUGGCUACUAUGAGUGUGAGGCUGUCCUGCGCAGCAGCAGUGUCCCCUCAGUGGUCCGGGGUGCUGUCCUUUCUGUGUUGGAGCCACCCCAGUUUAUUAAGGAGCCAGAGAGACACAUCACAGCAGAGAUGGAGAAGGUGGUGGACAUACCCUGCCAGGCCAAAGGUGUGCCCUCUCCUAUCACCACUUGGUACAAGGAUGCUGCUGUCAUUGAUGUGAAGAAGUUGUCACGGUUCCGACUGCAUGGAGAUGGGAGCCUGCAAAUCAGUGGACUGGUGCCUGAUGACACAGGCAUGUUCCAGUGCUUUGCCCGAAACUCAGCUGGAGAAGUGCAGACUUCCACCUACCUUGCUGUCACUAGCAUUGCCCCCAACAUCACCAGAGGCCCUCUGGACAGCACAGUGAUUGAUGGCAUGUCUGUGGUGCUGGCAUGUGAGACAUCUGGGGCACCCCGGCCAGCUAUCACUUGGCAAAAAGGUGAGCGGAUUUUGGCCAGCGGCUCCAUUCAGCUACCCCGCUUCACACUCCUGGAGUCCGGCAGCCUGCUCAUCAGUCCCACCCGAAUCUCAGAUGCUGGCAGUUACACGUGCUUGGCCACUAACUCACGGGGAGUAGAUGAAGCCUCCGCGGACUUGGUUGUGUGGGCCCGCACUCGAAUCACUAUGGCGCCCCAGGACCAGAGCGUCAUCAAGGGCACCAAGGCGUUCAUGACAUGUGGCGUGACCCAUGACCCCAGCGUUUCUGUCAGGUAUGUCUGGGAAAAGGAUGGAGCAAUACUUGGUGUAGACAGCACUCCCCGAAUGCGACUAGAUAAGAACGGCUCUCUGCACAUCUCACAGACUUGGUCAGGUGACAUCGGCACCUACACCUGCAGGGUCCUGUCUGCAGGAGGCAACGACUCCCGGAGUGCCUACCUGCGAGUCCGGCAGUUACCUCAUGCACCUGAACAUCCUGUGGCAACCCUGAGCACAGCUGAGAGACGCUCCAUCAAUUUGACUUGGGCCAAGCCCUUUGAUGGCAACAGCCCCCUGAUCCAUUAUGUUCUGGAGAUGUCAGAGAACAAUGCCCCCUGGACAGUACUUUUGCCCAAUGUGGAUCCUGAGGCUACUUCAGUGAUGGUCAAAGGCCUUGUUCCAGCACGUUCCUACCAGUUCCGUCUCUGUGCAGUCAACGAUGUAGGGAAGGGGCAGUUCAGCAAGGACACAGAAAGAGUCUCCCUCCCUGAGGAGCCUCCCACAGCCCCUCCUCAGAAUGUCAUCGCCAGUGGCCGGACCAACCAAUCCAUUAUGAUCCAGUGGCAGCCUCCUCCUGAGAGUCAUCAAAACGGCAUUCUGAAGGGUUAUAUCAUCAGGUUCUGUCUAGCCGGAUUGCCUGUUGGGUACCAAUUUAGGAAUAUCACCAAUGCAGAUGUCAACAAUCUACUCCUAGAGGAACUCAUCAUCUGGACCAAUUAUGAAAUCUCAGUGGCAGCCUAUAACAGUGCUGGCCUGGGUGUCUAUAGCAGCAAAGUGACAGAGUGGACUUUGCAGGGAGUUCCCACAGUCCCUCCAGGCAAUGUCCGAGCUGAAGCCAUCAAUUCCACAACCAUCCGAUUCACUUGGAAUGCCCCAAGUCCCCAGUUCAUCAAUGGCAUCAACCAGGGCUAUAAGUUGAUCGCCUGGGAGCCUGAGCAAGAAGAAGAAGUAACCAUGGUGACAGCCAGGCCCAACUUUCAGGACAGCAUCCACGUGGGCUUUGUGUCAGGCCUAAAGAAAUUCACAGAGUACUUUACUUCUGUCCUGUGCUUCACCACACCUGGAGAUGGUCCCCGCAGUUUGCCCCAGCUGGUGCGCACUCAUGAGGACGUGCCUGGCCCUGUGGGACACCUCAGCUUCAAUGAAAUCCUGGACACCUCCCUGAAGGUCAGCUGGCAAGAACCUGGGGAGAGGAACGGCAUCCUCACUGGAUACCGGAUCUCCUGGGAAGAGUACAACCGCACCAACACCCGGGUAACACAUUACCUGCCCAAUGUUACCCUGGAAUACCGUGUCACUGGUCUAACUGCCCUUACCACCUAUACUAUUGAAGUGGCAGCUAUGACUUCAAAGGGCCAAGGGCAAGUCUCAGCCUCUACCAUCUCCUCUGGGGUCCCUCCAGAACUUCCUGGACCCCCCACCAACUUGGGCAUCUCCAACAUUGGCCCCCGCUCUGUGACUUUACAAUUUAGACCUGGUUAUGAUGGGAAAACAUCUAUCUCCCGUUGGCUGGUGGAAGCACAGGUGGGAGUGGUGGGUGAGGGAGAAGAAUGGCUCCUGGUCCACCAACUGGCAAAUGAGCCUGAUGCCCGCUCCAUGGAGGUGCCCAACCUCAACCCCUACACCUUCUACAGCUUCCGCAUGCGCCAGGUGAAUAUUGUGGGCACCAGCCCCCCCAGCCAACCCUCUCGCAAGAUCCAAACCCUCCAGGCUCCACCCGACAUGGCACCUGGCAACGUGACCCUGCGUACGGCCAGUGAGACUAGCCUUUGGCUGCGCUGGAUGCCUCUCCCAGAAAUGGAGUAUAAUGGGAACCCGGAGUCGGUGGGCUAUAAGAUCAAGUACACCCGAUCUGAUGGGCAUGGCAAGACCCUGAGCCAUGUGGUCCAUGACCGGAUCGAGCGAGAAUACACCAUCGAGGACCUGGAAGAGUGGACUGAGUACCGAGUACAAGUCCAGGCCUUUAAUGCCAUUGGGACAGGACCUUGGAGCCAGAUCGUUGUGGGGAGGACCAGAGAAUCAGUUCCCUCCUCAGGCCCCACCAAUGUGUCUGCACUGGCUACCACUUCAAGCAGCAUGCUAGUACGCUGGAAUGAAAUCCCAGAGGCUGACCGAAAUGGGCUUGUACUGGGCUAUAAGGUGGUGUAUAAAGAGAAAGAUUCUGACACCCAGCCUCAGUUCUGGCUAGUGGAAGGAAACUCAUCUCUCAGUGCCCAGCUCACUGGCUUGGGCCGAUAUGUGCUUUAUGAGAUCCAGGUACUGGCUUUUACCCGAAUUGGGGAUGGUACCCCAAGCUCCCCACCUAUCCUGGAAAGGACCCUAGAUGAUGUCCCAGGACCUCCCAUGGGCAUUCUUUUCCCAGAGGUGAGACCCACAUCAGUCCGGCUGAUUUGGCAGCCUCCAGCUGCUCCUAAUGGUAUCAUAUUAGCUUACCAGAUUACCCACAGACUCAACACUACUACCGCCAACACUGCCUCAGUGGAGGUGCUAACCCCCAGUGCCCGCCAAUAUACUGCCACUGGUCUUAAGCCUGAAUCUAUCUACCUAUUCCGAAUCAUGGCCCAGACCCGUAAGGGCUGGGGGGAGGCAGCGGAAGCACUUGUGGUGACUACAGAGAAAAGAGAUCGCCCACAGCCUCCUAGCAAGCCUGUAAUAAAUCAGGAGAAUGUGAAGGCACGGAGUGUACUGCUGUCCUGGGAGCCAGGUAGUGAUGGCCUCUCCCCAGUCCGCUACUACACCAUCCAGACCCGGGAACUCCCCAGUGGCAAAUGGGCCCUGCACUCCUCUUCCGUGACCCACAAUGCCACCUCAUUUGUUGUGGACAGGCUCAAGCCCUUUACUUCCUACAAAUUCCGAGUCAAAUCGACCAAUGACAUCGGGGACAGCGAGUACAGCGAAGAAUCAGAAUCCCUCACCACGCUCCAGGCUGCCCCAGAAGAAGCUCCCACCAUCCUCUCUGUCACUCCUCACACCACCACUUCAGUUCUGAUCUCGUGGCAGCCACCAGCUGAAGACAAGAUCAAUGGAAUUCUGCUGGGCUUCCGGAUCCGCUACCGAGAGCUACUCUAUGAAGGCUUGCGGGGCUUCACAAUGCGAAACAUCAAUAAUCCCAGUACCAAGUGGGCUGAGCUUACCUCUAUGUAUGCUGUCCGGAACCUGAGCCGACCCAGCCUCACGCAGUAUGAACUGGACAACCUAAGUAAGCACAAGCGCUAUGAGAUCCGGAUGAGUGUCUACAAUGCUGUGGGUGAGGGGCCAUCCAGUUCACCCCAGGAAGUGUUUGUGGGAGAGGCAGUGCCUACUGCACCCCCACAAAAUGUAGCUGUCCAUGGUGCCACAGCCACACAGCUAGAUGUGACAUGGGAGCCACCUCCAUUGGAAGCACAAAAUGGCGACAUCCAAGGCUACAAGAUUUAUUUUUGGGAAGCUCAACGACGGAAUAGCACAGAACGGCUCAAGACACUCUUCCUACCUGAGAAUGGUGUGAAACUCAAGAACCUGACCGGCUACACUGCCUACCUGGUCAGUGUGGCAGCUUUCAAUGCUGCAGGCGAUGGACCACGGAGUGCCCCCAGCCAGGGUCGGACUCAACAAGCAGCUCCCAGCGCACCUAGCACAGUCAAAUUCAGUGAGUUAACCACCACCUCAGUGAAUGUGUCCUGGGAACCUCCUCUGUUCCCUAAUGGCGUCCUUGAGGGCUACAAGUUAAUCUAUGAGCCUUGCACCCCAGUGGAUGGAGUCAGCAAGAUUGUGACAGUUGACGUGAAGGGGAACAGCCCCUUGUGGUUGAAAGUGAAAGACCUGUCAGAGGGGAUGACCUACAGAUUCCGAAUUCGGGCCAAGACCUUCACGUACGGGCCAGAAAUCGAGGCCAACAUCACCACGGGCCCGGGAGAAGGUGCUCCUGGACCCCCUGGAAUUCCCAUCAUCAUUCGGUACAGCUCCGCCAUCGCCAUUCACUGGUCUAGUGGAGACCCUGGCAAAGGACCCAUCACCCGCUAUGUCAUAGAGGCCCGACCCUCAGAUGAAGGGCUUUGGGACAUCCUCAUCAAGGACAUUCCUAAGGAAGUGACCUCCUACACGUUCAGUAUGGACAUCUUAAAGCACGGGGUCAGCUAUGACUUCCGAGUCAUUGCUGUCAAUGACUAUGGCUAUGGCACCCCUAGCAGCCCAUCCCAAUCUGUCCCAGCCCAGAAAGCCAAUCCAUUCUAUGAAGAGUGGUGGUUCCUCGUGGUCAUCGCCCUGGUCGGCCUCAUAUUUAUCCUUCUGUUGGUCUUCGUCCUCAUUAUCCGUGGUCAAAGCAAGAAGUAUGCCAAGAAGUCAGACUCUGGAAACAAUGCCAAAUCUAGUGCCUUGGGUCACGGAGAGAUGGUCAGCCUGGAUGAAAGUAGCUUCCCAGCCCUGGAACUCAACAAUCGACGUCUCUCUGUUAAGAACUCCUUCUGUCGGAAGAAUGGGAUCUAUACCAGGUCUCCUCCAAGACCCAGCCCAGGCAGCCUCCACUAUUCGGAUGAGGAUGUCACCAAGUACAAUGACCUGAUCCCAGCAGAAAGCAGCAGCCUGACAGAGAAGCCCUCUGAAAUCUCAGACUCUCAGGGAAGCGACAGCGAAUAUGAGGUAGACCAGAACCACCAAAAGGCCCACUCAUUUGUCAACCAUUACAUCAGUGAUCCCACCUACUACAACUCCUGGAGACGGCAGCAGAAGGGCAUCUCCCGGGCCCAGGCCUACAGCUACACAGAGAGCGACUCAGGGGAGCCUGACCACUCCACAGUGGCUAACAACAACAGCACCCAGCAGGGCAGCCUCUUCCGGCCCAAAGCCAGUCGGACUCCAACACCCCAGAACCCUGCCAAUCCCCCCAGCCAACAGAGCACGCUCUACCGGCCCCCCAGUAGCCUAGCUCCUGGGUCCCGGGCCCCUAUAGCUGGAUUCUCAUCAUUUGUUUGAUACUGGAAAGGAAAGAAAGAAAUGGUACAAGAUAAUCCUCUUCCUCACCCUUCCCAACCCUCCCUCUCCUUAAACAAAACAAAACUCAGAAUCAAGUGGACUUUUCACCUCCCAACUUUAUUUUUCCAGAGAUUCCAGGGGCUAGCAAAAUCUAAUCCUGAAAAGGAAGGGAGAAAGGAAAAAACAAGCUGAUAUGUGCACGUGGAAGACAAUCAGUCCUCUAGUGAAGGCUGCUUUGAGGGUCGCCCAGAGACGAAGAAGAAGAGUGUCCACAGGGUGGCAAAGCUCAGAGAGGGGCAGAGAAAUCAGAACACUGAGGCAGGUAGCUGGGAAACUAAGCCCUUCUCCACUCCUGAGCACAGAAUGACUGUCCUCCGCCUCGAUCUCCCUGCUCCAUUCUCAAUAUGGCAGUCGGGGUGCAGGGGUGGCACGUGGAGAUGCCAGUGCCCACACUGACAUUUGCUGCCUCCCUCUGCCAUGAUUGGAAUCCUUCAAGCCAAAGCCCUACCCUUCUCCAUCCCCCCAACCCAGGGUGAUUCCUCAGGGGUGGACAUGGAGAGAAAGGGGGAGAUAGCUUGAUCUCUUGAGGGUCUUGGGGUCUUGAGGUGAGUCGGUCCCUAGGCAGAAGAUACUGGGCUUGAUCUUAUAGCCCUUCGAGGUGGAGUUGGAAGAAUAUAACAUAUAGAAUAUAGAACAACAGAAUAACAUUCGGUGCACUGUCAAAGCCAACUCUGGGAUAACCGGCCCCAUUUCUGCCCAUGCUCCCCUCUUCCCCGGGUGGGACUCUCUCUGGUUCAACUCUCAACAAGUUUUGUUUUGUUUUCAACAAGAAAAAAAUGGACCUCAGGAGGCAGCCCAGUCAGCCCUUUUUACCUAUUAUUGUUAAGUGAGCAAGAUGGGAGGCGGGUGAUAGACCUGGCAGCUAAGUCCUCUGAUCACUUUACUUGAAUUCUGUGUCUUGAGUGCAAGACUUAGGAGGGACGGAGGCUGUCGGGGAGCAGGGCUGCAUCGCUGAAGGAAAAGGCUCAGUUCAACAGGGGAGAUGCUUGUUGAGAUUAAGGAUGAAGCUUGGAAUCAUCUUUCCUUCCCCAUGCUUGCCCCAGCCUCAAGGGAAGGUCACCAGGAGAACUAUUCUGGAGAAGCGAGAAACCAAAAAUGUAAUCGUUGUUCCCUCGAGUUGGGAACUGAGUGGAAGGCCGGGGUCCUCACCUGGGCAAACCCCAGGCUUCUCCCUCCUCGGCCUCCAGUCUCCGUCCUUGUCGAAGGAGCAGACUUCUCACAGCACCCAAGCGGAAGCAGGGAGGAAAGAGAGGCUGGGCUUGGUAUUCUGAAGGGUAGUCAAAGCCUCUUAUUUUUAAGAAGAGAAAUCACUCGGAUUUCUUUUAUUAGCAUAGCAAAACAAACACCCACUCACACUGGUGUCUCAUUUUUCUGUGUCUUAUACACAUAUACACAUGCCGCACACACACACAUUCAGUGCCUGCCCAGGAGUGAGGCUAGGAGAAGUUAUAUUAAUGUCCCAUCCCAGUCUUCCACGUAGGCAAAAGAAAGGAGAGCCGGAAGGACCAGAUCUGUUACAGAGACAGAGUUAUGGCAGGGAGAGAUUAGGUGAUACCCAACAAGGAUACACACCGCUUGCACAUUCCCUAAAAUAUCCCAUUUACAAAGAGCCAAAGACUCACCUCCUGGAGGGGGGGUGGGGGAAUACCUUUAAGAGAAAUGGGAGAAUCUGGCCACAGGGUAUGGGAAGUCCCCUAGAAACCACCCUAGAAAGGGGCAGCCAAGAGAAUGGCCUGGGAGACAAGAAUAGCUGACAGGGGGAAAAAAGGUCCUUUCCAAGAAAUGACCCACCAUGAAAUAUGGGGUUUUUUUUAAGCUACUUCCUGUCCGGGACACUAUAUCUAUAAAGCAGUAGAAGAGGGGAGGUGGGGACACACCAGAUCUCUACCCCUAAAAGAGACCCAGAACACCCAGAGGCUGGGAAGGGAAGGUGGACAUCCUCACAGUCUCCAUCAAGGUCUGAGAUUGGAAUGUCACUAUUUUGUAGGGGGAGAGGUGAGGACAGUUUACCUCUGGAAAGAAUAGAGCCAAUGGCUUCCUGGGGAUAGCAGUGUUUGGUGAGAUGAUUUAGGGAGGACCAGGUCUCUUGGAAAAACCCAUCAGAAUAUUAAAAAGUAGGGUUAGCACAACUGUGUUCUGGGUCGACAUCAGGAGAAGCCUUAAAGGGUACAGGGAGAGGGAAUCUAAGCCCCAUCCCCACCCCAGAAAUGGCAAGAGACAGGCCACUGGAGAACAUGUCAUUGUGAUUGCAGACUGGUUGAAAUAGCCUGCCUUUCCCAUACUGACCAGCUCUUUAGCAAAGAUAACUGAUUUCCAGAAGGGGCUGGAGCCUGGUAACAGGGCAGAACCAACCAUUGUUCCUUUUGGCCGACUUAGAUCCUGGCCAAAUGUGAAAGAAAUGCUCUUGGGAGCCGGAGGAACAACUUAGCUGACAGGCUGUGCUCCAGGUGUCAAACUAGCUGGCAGAAGAUGGCUCAGAGACAAUUGUAGGAGAAAAGAACUUCCCUAAGGAAGAGGUGUCUUAGAAUGGAAAAUCCCGUCCUUGGGUAUAGAUGAGGGACAAAGAACCACAAGGCGGAGGUCUAGGGUUUCAUAUUUUAGUUUUGUGGGGUUUUUUUUUGUUGUUGUUUUUUAAUUAAAACCUGGCUCUUAAGCUUGGUGAAGGCCCCUUUGGCUUUGAGGAAGAAAGAAAAGGAAUAGCCAGCAUGGAAUUCAAGUCUCAGAAUACCCUUCCCCCCAGCCCUACAUCAAGCAUCCCACCAUCUCCAUGGAAACACAUCUGCCACUGUCCCCAUUUGAUCAUACUGCUUUUUCUUUUCUCUCUCAUGAAAAGAAAAGAAAAGAAAAAAAUGCCCCUGCCCUUUCCCCAACCUACAAUAUGUGUAGGUCCCUUAGAGAGGUUUCCAGUUCCUUUUAGGGAAUGGUUACAACUCCAUUCCAUUUAGAGUAUUGAGAACUUUGAAAUAGAAAAAUAUGGGUAUGUGUAUACAGAUAUAUAUUAUGCACAUAAUAUAUAGCAUAUGUAUGUAUAUAUACACAUAUGGAUCAUACAGCCAAAUUUUCUUUUGUUGGUUUUUUUUUUAUGUACACACACACCUUUUUUUUUUUAAUCAAACCUGUGAUUUCAUUGCUACAAGGAAGAUGCUAGUGAGGAAUUUCCCCUACCAAUGUAGAUCAGCACCUUCUCUGCAUCUUACAAUCUUAGAGCUGCCUGGGGCUCUGGGAGGCAGGACUCAAACCCAGGUCUUCCUUCUUUUGAGGCCAGCUGUCGUUUUCUUAUACCACUUUGCCUCUGGACACAAAAAUAUACUCAUACGAAUUUGCAUACACACACACACACACACACAUAUACAACCCUCAUCUGACCUCACGCCCUCCAGAGCUUCCUUGGGGAGAGAGAAAAGCAACACCCGGGGCAAUGGCCACCUUCCUCUUGGACAAGACAUAGGGAGCCAUGAGGCUGGACCAGAGCUAGUGUUUGAAAUUUCUAAGGAUAAAGAGCAGACCAGAAGCAUCAAUGGGAUUAAGCUAGCCCAAAGGUGAGUCUUCUUCCCAGACCAGAUGUCCAUCCAUCUGGAAAUUUGCCUUUUGCUGGUUAUAGCCACAGAUGGGAACCCAGGUUUCUGGCAUCUGGAACGCCAUAUUCUCCAAAAGAAGCUCCUCUCCGCCCCUGUUUACAUAUUCGCCAAGCUGAAAUGUGCCUGCUCUCUUCUCUCUUCUCCCAGAUUAACUGUCUCAGGCAAGUGAGUGGUUUGGGGUCCUGAGGAACAUCCCAGGCGUGCACACCUUGGAUGCCAUGUCAUACUUCAACUAGGUCUGGGAAGGGAUGCCAAUGGUACAGCCCAAGGGUCUAGGAGGGAGGAGUAUGUCACAUCUAGAGACUGAACCAUGGUACCCACGGCUUCAUGUAGCCAUGGUCUAUGGAUUACCCCUCUCUAAGGAAAGCCACUGAGUCACUCACCUGUGCUGGCAUCAAGGGUCCAUCUGUGGGCAUCCAUUCGCUCCCUCUUGCACACAGGGUCAGACAUGCGCAAGGACUGCCAAGAUGAACCAAAUACCUACCUUGGAUUCCAAAAGCACCUCGUCCCUCGAGUUAAGGGGAAUUUCCAGGCGCAGGUCUAGUUCUGGUGGUGAAGACCUGGAGAGGUCAUCAACCACUCUUCUGCCUACUCACCACUGCCAUCAUUUGGAAGAGAUAGAAAAGGAUACUGUCUUUAGAUGGUCUCCAGCCCUAUCUGCCUCAGCCCAGCUCAGUCCUGCCCAGCUCACGCUGCCCUGUGGCCUUCUGACAUUGUCCACACCACUCCUAGGGCAGUGAUUUUAAAGGUGCCAGAGCCCUACCGUAGCUCCCACCCUGGGAGGAGACUCUUCGUUUUUCCUUGGUGUCCUCAACGUGCCAAGACCAACCUAUUGUCCUCUGGGGGUCCUUGGAAGUGGCACUCCCUUGGGGAAUGGAGCUCAAGGAGGGGAGGGAUGGGGAGCAGCUCAGUAGCCAUCUGAGUGGCCAAAGUCAACUCUGUGAGUCCUGUUCCGUGGUCAUAGUUAGGGUCAUACCUGGUAGCAUCCAAACAGGCAAACUGAAAGGGGUGACUUUGACCUUUGCCCAAGUCCAGCUCCCACUGUGGACUGCCAGCAGGCAGGUCAAUGCCCCCCCUCCCCCCGUGUCCACUCCUCUGUGAUGUGCUUGUGCCCCCUCUGAAUAACCCAAAGUGUUUGAACAUGUUACUUUACUCUCACAUUCGCUCCGAAAAAAGGAAAGUCAGCAAAAAUCUUUAUUUUUGAUUUAAAAGAGAUAAUGAAAAAAAUAUGAGUAUUUAAUCAUGGCAGGUGUCUGUAAGAAAAAAUAUAUAUCUAUAUGUCAUAUAGCUUGUUAGCAGGUUUAUUUUUUAAAUGAAAGGCAAGGAAAAAAUGGUUGGAAAUACAAUGCCACAAGAUGUCUCAUGUCCUGUCAAACUGUCAGCAUUUUCUAAAUAAAUUUUUUUUUGAGA